UGGAACCGGGGCCGGGGCUGGCGGGCGGGGGCCCGGCCGGAGCCGCCAGCAUGACGGGCCGCGUGUGCCGCGGCUGCGGCGGCACGGACAUCGAGCUGGACGCGGCGCGCGGAGACGCCGUGUGCACCGGCUGCGGCUCGGUGCUCGAGGACAACAUCAUCGUGUCCGAGGUGCAGUUCGUGGAGAACAGCGGCGGCGGCUCGUCGGCCGUGGGCCAGUUCGUGUCGCUGGACGGUGCUGGCAAAACCCCAACCCUGGGCGGCGGCUUCCAUGUGAACCUGGGAAAGGAGUCACGAGCACAGACCCUGCAGAACGGGCGGCGGCAGAUCCAUCACCUGGGGAACCAGCUGCAGCUGAACCAGCACUGCCUGGACACGGCCUUCAACUUCUUCAAGAUGGCCGUGAGCAAGCACCUGACCCGCGGCCGCAGGAUGGCCCACGUCAUCGCCGCCUGCCUCUACCUGGUGUGCCGCACGGAGGGCACCCCGCACAUGCUGCUGGACCUCAGCGACCUGCUCCAGGUGAACGUUUACGUGCUGGGGAAGACGUUCCUUCUUCUGGCGAGAGAGCUGUGCAUCAACGCGCCGGCCAUAGACCCCUGCCUGUACAUCCCCCGCUUCGCCCACCUGCUGGAGUUUGGCGACAAGAACCACGAGGUGUCCAUGACGGCCCUGAGGCUGCUGCAGAGGAUGAAGAGGGACUGGAUGCACACGGGCCGGCGCCCCUCGGGCCUCUGCGGGGCAGCGCUUCUGGUCGCGGCCAGGAUGCACGAUUUCCGGAGGACUGUCAAAGAGGUCAUCGGCGUGGUCAAGGUGUGCGAGUCCACGCUGCGCAAGAGGCUCACGGAGUUUGAGGACACCCCCACCAGUCAGCUGACCGUGGAUGAGUUUAUGAAGAUCGACCUGGAGGAGGAGUGUGACCCCCCCUCGUACACGGCCGGGCAGCGCAAGCUGCGGAUGAAAGAGCUUGAACGAGUCCUGUCGAAGCAGCUGGAGGAGGUGGAAGGGGAAAUAUCCAGCUACCAGGACGCGAUUGAGAUCGAGCUGGAAAACAGCCGGCCAAAGGCAAAGGGAGCCCUUGCCAGCCUGACCAAAGAUGGCUCCGCUGAGGAUGGCACGUCCAGCCCGUUUGGUGAGGAGGACGCCGAGGACGAGGAGCUGGAGGCCGCCGCCAGCCACCUGAACAAGGACUUUUACCAGGAGCUCCUUGGCAGUGGCAUUCCUGGCAGCUCAGAGGCAGCAGGAGGCCCCGAGGGGGGCGUCAGACCCCCCGCCCUGGAGUCCCUGCUCGGCCCUCUGCCCACAGCAGCCAGCCUGGGCAUCUCAGACUCCAUCCGCGAGUGCAUCUCCUCCCAGAGCCAGGACCCCAAAGACCCUUCUGCAGACGGCGAGCUGGAUCUCAGCGGGAUCGACGACCUGGAGAUCGACAGAUACAUCCUGAAUGAGGCGGAAACCCGCGUGAAGGCCGAGCUGUGGAUGCGCGAGAACGCGGAGUACCUGCGGGAGCAGCGGGAGAAAGAGGCGAGAAUAGCGAAGGAGAGAGAGCUGGGCGUCUACAAGGAGCACAAGCCCAAGAAGUCCUGCAAGCGGCGGGAGCCGAUCCAAGCCAGCACAGCUGGGGAAGCCAUCGAGAAGAUGCUGGAGCAGAAGAAGAUCUCCAGCAAGAUCAACUACAGCGUGCUCCGUGACCUGGACAGCAAGGGCGGCGGCGGCCAGCCCCGGGGGGACGCCGGGCCCCAGGAGAGGGCCGGCGCCAAGAAGCUGUCCCGGAGGAAGAGGCCCGCCAGCAGGAGCAGGGCCGGCCUGGUGACCAGCGUGGGGAAGAGGCUGAGGCCGAUGGUGUCCACGCAGGCGGCUAAGAAGGCGGCCGUUGGAGAGGCCUCGCCACCAGGUCCUCGCUCCCUGGCAGCUGAGCCCGCCAGGCCCACGGCGGUGGUGGUGGAGAGCGGGCCUGUGUCGUACCACCCCGAGGAGGACGCCGACGAGGAGGACGCCGACGAGGAGGACGCCGAGCCCUGCGUCAGCGCCCUGCAGAUGAUGGGCGGCAGCGACUACGGCUGUGACGGCGACGACGACGACAACUACUGAGACGGGCCCUCGCCGCCGCUGUGUCCUGGUGCCGGGCACCCCCCGCGGGUGUCUCACGCGGGACCAGGCAGGGCCUCUGGGGCCAGGGCUCAUCGGGGAGAGCGCCGGACUCUUGGUGACAAGCUGGGUGCUGCCCUGCAGCUUUGUCCGCAGCCACACGUGGCCGCCGUGGCCCUUGCCGAUGCGACCACGAUUUGAGUCACGUAAGGCGUGUUUCCGCCCAGCAAGGGCCGGGACCGGUGUCCGUGCGCCUGGUCAAACAGACGUGGGUCUCACAGCCCAGGAAGCCUUGCCGGAGGCGCCGUCCUGUCUCCGCGAGAGAACGAGCACCGGGCGGCCUGGCCGCUCGUCCUCGUGCGUGGGGCUGGCUGCCCUGCCCGCCCCCCGCUGUCUGAGAAGCAUUUUGCCAGCAGCCCUCCUUUUGCUGGUCCAGAACUGGUCCCGUGUCUCCAGCUGGAGUUCCCGGCCAGGCCCUUGUGCCCCCUGCCGCUGUCUGGGCCCGGAGACCACGUGGGUCGAUACCAGGAGCCCAGAGGCUGCCUGGCUCCAGCCCGGCAGCCGCUGAAUCGAGUCAGUCCAGCAUCCCUCAGCAGGCACGUGCACGGUGGCCCUGGGUGGCCUGCGUGGCCGGCCUGGGCCAGAGAGCUAUGCGCGAGCCAGCGUGCCAUCCUACACGGGGUGGUGGGCAGAGGAUCCUCGGGCUUGGCAGCCCUGCUCUGGACGGUUCCUGCCCGCCCCGAGCUGCCCGGGCUGGGCCUCAUCAUCGGAGGGCCCGGGGCCAUCUGGCCUCGGCUUGGGCGGCGCUGCCUGGAGGUGUCCAGGGAGGGGGGGGCGGACGCUCUGUCCUUCGAGGCCCCAGCCUCGGCCGCCCACCCUUAUGAUGGCAUAGCCUCGCCCCACUGUCUUCCUGGGGCCCAGCCCCCGCCCCCGUCUCCUGGGGUGGGCAACCCCCUCCCAGAGUGCACCAGCGUUGGCGGGCGGGGGUGGGGUGGGGUUUUGAGGUCUGUGGCUCUGCCCCUCAGCCUGGACCCAGGAGCCCCGGAAAGCUGGAGCGGAAGGUUGGUUUGGUCAAACAGAUUGUUACUUGAGCAGAAA